CAACAGCAGCAACAGCAGCAGCAGCAGCAGCAGCAGCAGCAGCAGCAGCAAGCGCACGAGCUGAAAAGCAAUGGCGACCGGCCCAAGAUGAAGCACAGGCACAGCUACGGCAGCGCGAGCGCGGGCGGCGGCGACGACCACGCGGGGCAGGACGACGAAGGGAUUGUCGCAAAGAGUGGCACGGGCAAGGCGGCCACAAAUGGACAGCCCGUACGGCGGAGAAUCAGUCGCGCAUGCGACCAGUGCAACCAGCUGCGGACCAAGUGCGAUGGACAACACCCGUGUGCGCAUUGCGUCGAGUUUGGUCUGACGUGCGAAUAUGCGCGGGAGCGGAAGAAGAGAGGCAAGGCCUCGAGGAAAGACAUCGCGGCGCAACAAGCUUCUGCCGCCGCGGGCGACAGUAGUAGUCCCAAGUCGGAUGCGGGACGGCCGUUUGAAGAUACUGCCAUCGCGCCGAGGCCGCAGAGCGACAACGGUAUACAUGCAGCAGCGAUGGGAAAUGGGCUGAAGCGCAAGCGAGGCGGCGCAGACUUUCAGCAACCACAGCUCCCUCCGCCAAGGUCUACCAGCAUGACGAGCCAGCCCCAUAUUCACUCGGUGCAUGGACGACCGGGUAUGGAGCCCGUUGGAGGGAGCGUUACGGGAAAUGGCAUACCGCAGAGGAUGGUGCCAAGUGAUCAUGGCUCACUUCCCAUUCCACGGGUCCCAGUCGCGCCAAUGCACAAGAAUCGGAGCAUGCCAGUCGGUAUGGGCGAGUAUGGAAGCAUCGAUGACUACCAUCGCAGCAUUCUCCACCCGAGUGCUGGCACCGCCGUUGCCGGUCACAAUAUCCUCCAUUCGGGGCCGGGAGGUAUGCCGCACUCGAUGAUCCAAGGCGGGACCAUCACCGGCUAUGGCGAAAGUCCGUAUGGCGUGCCUUCACCCAACAGUCAGCAGAGCAUGCCUGGUCAUCCCUAUCACAUGAAUGGAUCGCCCUUGUCUGCAACCUUCUUGCGACAAUCUCCCAUUGGGGGCUCACCGGGCUGGCUUUCUCUACCAUCCCCCACGAAUGCGCUCCAUCAUCCCAUGCAGUCUCAUUCCCCGAUCCAAACGCUACGAUAUCCGGUCCUUCGACCACUCUUACCGCACGUCUCGGCCAUUAUACCCAUCAGCCUCGCAUGUGAUUUAUUGGACCUAUACUUCGCCAGCACGGCUCAAGCAUUCAUGCAGCCGCGGUCGCCAUAUGUGAUCGGUUACAUCUUCCGCAAGCGAUCUUUUCUGCGCCCCGUGAAUCCGCGGCCAUGCAGCCCUGCCUUGCUUGCGAGUAUGCUUUGGGUGGCUGCUCAGACCAGCGAAUCUGCUUUUCUGACUUCUUCUCCCUCCGCGCGAGGGAAGAUUUGCCAAAAACUGCUAGAGCUGACAGUCAGCUUGCUCAAGCCCCUUGUGCACACCCAAACAGACGGUUCACAGGCAUACAGCGGCCACAACCUUAACAAUGGCGUUGCUUUGGGUGGGUUUGGGGUGACACUACCCGGCCAGACACAUGGCAUGGAAGACGGCAAUCCGGGCGCAAGUGCUGCACUCGAUGAUGUUGCCACGUACAUCCACCUUGCAACCGUAGUCUCGGCCAGUGAGUACAAGGCUGCCAGCCUACGGUGGUGGAAUGCGGCAUGGUCAUUGGCAAGAGAGUUGAAGCUCGGUCGAGAAUUGCCACCCAAUCCCGAGCACCCUGAUGGGCCUGAAGCAGAGGCAGAGGCCACGGGAGAGGCAUGCGCAAAUGGUGCUGAUCCUACGCAGCAGCCCGGUUAUGUCUCUGAAGAGGAGCGAGAAGAGCGCCGACGCAUAUGGUGGCUGCUGUUUAGUGUGGACAGACACCUGUCGUUGUGCUACAACAAGCCGCUCUUCCUGCUAGAUGUGGAAUGCGAAGGACUCCUGCAACCUGAUGACGAGGCGACAUGGCAGGGCGACGAACACUAUCCCGCGGAGAAACACAUGGAGUCCAAUCACUUCCGAAGGCGAGGACCAAGCUUUGAAUGCACCGGAUACAACCUCUUUGGCUUCUUUCUGCCACUCAUGACCAUACUCGGCGAAAUCGUCGACCUCAACCAAGCACGGAAUCACCCUCGCUUUGGGAUGGUGUUCAAGAACAGCUCCGGCUGGGACGACCAGGUUGCAGAGAUCUCGCGACAGCUCGAAGCGUACGGGAGAAGUUUGCGGGAGUUUGCAGCUCGAAAUCUGCCACCUCCAGAGCCCACAGAUGCUACUAGUGGCGCGAACGGUGCUCAAGACGACACCAGCCCGCACUCCGUGGCGACAUCCAACUCGAAUUCGCAGCGCAUGACGGAAGCGGUCCUACAAACCAAAAUCGUCGUCGCAUACGGCACUCACCUCAUGCACACCAUGCACAUUCUCCUCAAUGGGAAAUGGGAUCCCAUCUCAUUGCUGGACGACAACGACUUGUGGAUAUCGAGUCAAUCCUUCAUCUCAGCCACGGGCCAUGCCGUGUCUGCAGCGGAAGCCAUCAAUGAGAUUCUGGACUAUGAUCCUGACAUUUCGUUCAUGCCAUUCUUUUUCGGCAUCUAUCUCCUGCAAGGCAGCUUCUUACUCUUACUCAUUGCAGACAAGUUGGGCGCCGAAGCCAGUCCGAGCGUUGUCAAAGCGUGCGAGACGAUUGUGAGAGCUCACGAAGCUUGCGUUGUGACGCUCAAUACCGAGUAUCAGCGCAACUUUCGAAAGGUCAUGCGCUCUGCAUUGAUGCAGGUUCGAGGACGAUCUGUCGAAGACUUUGGUGAGCAGCAAUUGAGAAGACGAGAGGUGCUCUCUUUGUAUAGGUGGACUGGUGACGGUCAAGGCUUGGCUCUAUGAUGCCAGCAUGGGGAGAAGUGAAGAGAGACACCUUUCAACUUUCUGACACGAUUUUCCAUGGUGACAAAAUUUCAGUGGAUGCGCAAGAUUUUUUACACGUCUUUUUGUAUAUACGAGCCUAUGUGCUUUUUUUUCUUCUUGUUGUUUAUGUUUUGGAAGCGUUAGGGUGGGGGGAGAACGUGAUGUCUGA